GGCCGCGGGCGGGCGGGCAGCGCAGCGCCGAGCGGGGCCCGCGGGUCCAUGAGGAGGCCCCGGGACCAUGGGCUCCAGGAUCAAGCAAAACCCAGAGACUACAUUUGAAGUGUAUGUGGAAGUGGCCUAUCCUAGGACAGGUGGCACUCUUUCAGAUCCUGAGGUGCAGAGGCAAUUCCCGGAGGACUACAGUGACCAGGAAGUUCUACAGACUUUGACCAAGUUUUGUUUUCCCUUCUAUGUGGACAGUCUCACAGUUAGCCAAGUUGGCCAGAACUUCACAUUUGUGCUCACUGACAUUGACAGCAAACAGAGAUUCGGGUUCUGCCGCUUAUCUUCAGGAGCCAAGAGCUGCUUCUGUAUCUUAAGCUACCUCCCCUGGUUCGAGGUAUUUUAUAAGCUCCUUAACAUCUUGGCAGAUUACACGACAAAACGACAGGAAAGUCAGUGGAAUGAACUUCUUGAAACUCUGCACAGACUUCCCAUCCCUGACCCUGGAGAGGCUGUUCACCUCAGCGUGCAUUCUUACUUCACUGUGCCUGAUACCAGAGAGCUUCCUAGCAUACCUGAGAAUAGAAAUCUGACAGAAUAUUUUGUGGCUGUGGAUGUGAACAACAUGUUGCAUCUGUAUGCCAGCAUGCUGUACGAGCGCCGGAUCCUCAUCAUCUGCAGCAAGCUCAGCACCUUGACUGCCUGCAUCCACGGCUCUGCUGCCAUGCUCUACCCCAUGUACUGGCAGCACGUGUACAUCCCUGUGCUGCCCCCACACCUGCUGGACUACUGCUGUGCUCCCAUGCCCUACCUCAUAGGAAUCCAUUUAAGUUUAAUGGAGAAGGUCAGAAACAUGGCCCUAGAUGAUGUUGUGAUCUUGAACGUGGACACCAACACCCUGGAAACUCCUUUUGAUGACCUCCAGAGCCUUCCAAAUGAUGUGAUCUCCUCCCUGAAGAACAGGUUGAAGAAGGUCUCCACAACCACUGGUGAUGGGGUAGCUAGAGCCUUCCUCAAGGCACAGGCUGCUUUCUUUGGCAGCUACCGGAAUGCUCUAAAGAUUGAACCAGAAGAGCCCAUCACCUUCAGUGAAGAAGCCUUCGUGUCCCACUACCGCUCUGGAGCCAUGAGGCAGUUCCUACAGAAUGCAACUCAGUUGCAGCUCUUCAAACAGUUUAUUGAUGGCCGACUAGAUCUUCUCAAUUCCGGUGAAGGUUUCAGCGAUGUCUUUGAGGAGGAGAUCAACAUGGGCGAGUAUGCUGGCAGUGAUAAACUGUACCAUCAGUGGCUUUCCACAGUCCGGAAAGGAAGUGGAGCGAUUCUGAAUACUGUAAAAACAAAAGCUAACCCAGCCAUGAAGACUGUCUACAAAUUUGCAAAAGAUCAUGCAAAAAUGGGAAUAAAAGAGGUGAAAAAUCGCUUGAAGCAAAAGGACAUCACCGAGAAUGGCUGUGCUUCCUCUGCAGAAGAGCCACUGCCAAAGACCAUGCCAUCCCCACUGACAGAGGCCAAGGACCCCAAACUUCGAGAAGACAGGAGGCCAAUCACAGUCCACUUUGGGCAGGUACGACCACCUCGUCCUCAUGUCGUCAAGAGACCCAAGAGCAACAUCACUGUGGAAGGCCGGAGGACAUCUGUUUCAAGCCCUGAGCACCUGGUAAAGCCCUUGCGACACUAUGCUGUCUUCCUCUCUGAAGACUCCUCUGAUGAGGAAUGCCGACGGGAAGAGGCCCCCAGCACUGGCUUCACUGAAAGCCUUUUCUUCUCUGCUCCCUUUGAAUGGCCACAGCCAUACCGGACAUUGAAAGAAUCUGACAGCGCAGAAGGUGAUGAGACGGAGAGUCCAGAGCAGUUAGUUCCUGAGCCCUGGGGACCUAUCCCUGCUCCACCCGACAGAGCUGCGAGCAUUGACCUUCUAGAAGAUGUCUUCAGCAGCCUAGACAUGGAGGCACCACUGCAGCCACUGGGCCAAGCCAAGAGCUUGGAGGAUCUCCGGGCCCCCAAAGACUUGCAGGAACAGCCAGGGAGCUUUGACUACCAGAGGCUGGACCUGUGCAGAAGUGAAAGGGGCCUUGGCAUGGCUGCAGCUCUGAAGCUUCCUCAUCCAUACACUAAGCUCUGGAGUCUGGGUCAGGACGACAUGGCCAUCCCCACCAAGCCCUCCACCACCUCCCCUGAGAAGCCCGCAGCUCUGCUUGGUAGUUCCCCAGCCCUGCCUUACAGACCCCAGAACCAGGAGGGCAUCCUGAGCCCCAGCGUCAAGGAGGAGGCUCCCAUCUCAGCUCUGGGCAGCAUCACCGUUCCCCGGCCACAAGGCAGAAAGACCCCUGAGCUGGGCAUUGUGCCUCCACCGCCCACUGCCCGGCCAGCCAAGCUCCAGGCUGCUGGUGGCCCGCCUGGCGACUUCUCUUCAGAGCCGUUCCAGAUGGACCGAGAAAGACGAGGUGCCCUGAGCCCCGCGCUCUUGUCAGGGCUGCUCCCCAGUGCGCCCCAAGGCACCGCAGAACUUCUGCAGCCGCUCAGCCCAGCCCCAGGAGCUGCAGGCUCAGGCAGUGAUGCCCUGCUUGCCCUCCUGGACCCACUUAAUACAGCCUGGUCAGGCAGCACCAUCCCACCACAUCCUGCCACCCCCAAUGUGGCCACCUCGUUCACUCCCCAGCUCAGCUUCCCCCCAACAGUGACACCCACCCCUUUUGUACAGCCGCCCCUCAAUCCCUUUGUCCCAUCUAUGCCAGCAGCACCACCUACCCUGUCCCUGGGCUCCACACCAGCCAGGCAUUUUGGGACCCCUCCAGCAUCCCUGGGGCCGGCAUAUGCACCUAGUAUCCUGCUGUCUGGUUCUGGCUUCUAUGGCCCUCACAGGUCUCAGCCGCACCUCUCUGCUCUCUCCAUGCCCAAUCUCUUUGGCCAGAUUCCCAUGGGUACCCACACUAGUCCCCUGCAGCCACUUGGCCCCCCAGCUGUACCCCCCUCCAGGAUCCGAACGUUGCCUCUGGCACGCUCAAGUGCCAGGGCUGCUGAGGCCAAGCAGGGGUUGGUCCAGAGGCCUAGUGAACCCCCACUGCUGCCUCCCAGACCCCCCCAGGGUCUAGAGCCAGCCCUGCAGCCCUCUGCUCCUGCACAGGCCAGAGACCCUUUUGAGGAUUUGCUACGAAAAACCAAGCAAGACGUGAGCCCAGCCCCAGCCCCGGCCUCUGUGGAGCAACUCCGUAGGCAGUGGGAGACCUUCGAGUGAGCGGCCUGUGCCACUGUCGAGUGCCAUGCCUCCCCUCUGUCCUGUUUCUGACCAGCUUCCACUGGGGCAAAGGGACUCUCUGCCCCCUCUCCUCCACAGCCCAUCUCUGAGGCCUGGCCCUGGGAACGGUACUGUCCCAGAAGAGCUGCCUGCCACCCUCCUCAGCACCCUGUGUGGGUUCUGCACUAUGUCAACUGGGCCAACCAUGUCCUAACACCUUCCCUCCUGUAUGUAGCCCAAGAGGAGUCAAGAAGCUCAGGGCUGCUCCCUAAGCCCAGCUCUCCUCCUCUACCGGGCCCUGCCCCACAGGGCACAUGUCAGUAACACCCAGUGUGAGCACAUCUUUGGGGGGGGGGGAAACACAGGUUUUUGGGAUAAAAUGAGGCCCGCCUGUGGGCCAGCAUUUCUCCCUGGUGGUCGUCAAACCUCUCUAGCAAUAUACUCUUUCCUGUCUUUGCCUAACCACCAAACUUGAGUUGUUCCUGGGGAACAGGAGUCUGGGGAUCUAAUGGCCGGCAAACCCAGCUCCAGCUAGCCCUUUCAGGGGUUGGGAACACCAGCAACUUUGAUUUCUAAGAGAACCCCCAAAUCUGAGUGUUAGGAGAUGCCCUCAGCUCUCUGCUACCCUCAUAACUAUGGGCUUUCAUGUCAAUCAAAGCUCCGGCUCUGGCUCUGGCCACUUGGAGCUUUAUGGGCAGAAUUGGGCAGUGGUGACCCAGAUUCCAACUCAAAAGACAAGCUUCCUGCCACAGACAAAGGGGGAGGCACAGCUGUUUGGGCUCCUGGGUCAGGACCAGGUGGGGCCCUAUGCCCCCAACCCAGAUUCCGAUUGGAGUGAUACUCUCAGCCUGGGGCAGUGGGGACUUGGAAGCCAGCUCGCCCCCACCUCCCCCCCCCACCUCCAGCUUCCUGCCAGCGCAGAGAUUCCUGAGGCCAAGUCACCAAAGUUAUGAUGAAAUGUUGUUAUUGUUUCUUUGAUCUUCGUUUUCUUUUUACCUUAUUGAUUUGACGAAUCUUGAAAAUUGAUUCCUUUCAAUAAACCAAGGUAAAACACA